AUGGCGAGAAAAAUAACAAAGGAAAUUUGGGAUGCUAAAAGGCGCAAGAUAGUGACUCUCUAUCGGGAUGAAGAAUGGCCUCUGAAACAAGUCAUAAAGCACAUAGUUGAUGACAAUUUUCGCCCAAGCGAAGCCCAGCUACGAAGCAAACUGAAGAAAUGGCGCGUCACUAAACCAUCUCGUCGAACACGAACGAAGGCUCAAGACAGAUACCAUGGAUAUAACGAAGGGGCCAAGAAGUUCACCGACGAUGCACAGAGUAACGAAGCCAGAGAGCUAGCUUGGUCACCAGAUUCGUCGUCUAUGAUGUCCUCAGGGCCGCAAGACAAUCCCAUGACUGGAUAUGAAUCUUGCUUGGCGCAGACAAAAUGUUUAGAGUGCUGCAACUCACUGAUGCAGAACGACCGGCCCAUACUGUCUGAGAUAACGUUACCUGCUCCAGCAACAAGCACUGUGUUCAGCGGCCAGCUUGGGCCCCCUACAGUCUCCAGCACGGACAAUGUGACCAGGACAACAGAACAAGCUAUGUAUGGCAGUCGGCAAUUUGCAAAUCACCCUACCAGUACAGAAUUUACCGGGCCGUUUUCGAUCUCCCACUACUCUCCAUCUACCGCACAGCUAUUUGUUACAGAAAAUGUAUUCUCCAAUGGCAUCUCCAAUUAUGUUGGGACAUUCUAUUGUCUUCCUGGGCCUGUCGAUCAGCAACCGCCGCAUGGUUGUCCCUACCCCACCUCAGGCUCCAUACAAUACCCGAAGAUCGAGGAGCAUACUUCGAUGGUGGACCCAUGGGGAGAAUGA